AUGGAUUUCAAUAGUCGUUGUAUCUGUAUCUUCACAACCAAAAACAGUUGACACCAUAAACACAAAUCAAUGGGGAUAUCAGCAUCAAAGCGAGUAAGCCACCACUUCCGCACUUCCCAAGAAUUCACCUCCUCUUGCAACACCAUCUUCUCCGACCUCCAAACCCUAACUCAACACGCCUCCCCGGGUCAAAUCUUCGCCUACCAACUCCCCGAUGCCGCACUCCGCCUCCACAAUUCUCUCUCCUCCCCUCCCCUCAAGACCUGGUGUCCUUCCCCUCCCUCUCGCGCGCAAGUCGACGGCGCGUACCGAUCGCUUCGAAGGAAGUCUCCACCGGAGGAAACUCUAAGCUCCGACGAGUUUAGAGAGUUUGCUAUUGUUAUGUUUACUGACGCCAUCGUUUCGAACGCCUCGAAGGCGGUGGCGAGUAAGGUUUGUGUCGGAGUUGCGGGGAUUGCUGGCGUUGGGAUGGUGGCGAGAAUCGGCGGUGGUUUGGUAGGGUCUGUGAUUGGGAUUUACGCUAUCGGAAUUGCUACUUCGGUUUAUGUUAGUUUGGGUUAGAUUAGAGGAGGAUUUGGUUGAUUAGAGCAAUUGAUUUGUUAUAAUGUGUUUUUUUUAAAUGAACAUUUGUUUCUUUUGAGGGAAUUAAAUGAACAUUUGUUGAAUAAUUGUUAAUAUUGCAACUUUUUAGGUUGGAUA